AUGGCACCUCAGACCGUGCCCUACGGGCACUGGAUUAGCCCCCUCACCGCGGAACGUCUCGCUACAGAUAGUAUCACGCUCCACGAGGUAGCAGUUAAUGAAUCAACGGGAGCCAUCUACUCUAUUGAGUGUCACCCAACAGAAGACGGUCGCUAUGCAAUUGUCCAGCAUCUCAACGGGAAAAGCCAAGACGUGCUACCCAAAGACCUAAGCGCCCACGCAACAGUGCAAGAACUCGGUGGUGGCUCUAUCGACAUGCGACAUGAUGGACAGGUCCUAUUCGCAGACGAAGAAUCUCGUAAUGUCUACCUGCUGGAUUCGGCAUCGGGUGAAACUAAAAUUGUUCAUCCCGCUGUCGAGGGAAUCCGGUAUGCGGAUUUCCAUAGCCACCCCUUCAACCCAGAGUGGAUCCUUGCUAUCAAAGAGGAUCACAGAGAGGCUACACCCGAGACGCAGGCGACGCAUGUUCAUAAUACAUUGGUAGCCAUCAAUAUUGAACUGGGUACUGAGACGACGAUUGCUCAAGGUGAUGAUUUCUACUCGCACCCUAAAUUUGAUCCCACAGGCAAGUAUGUCUCGUGGAUUCAGUGGUCGCAUCCCGACAUGCCUUGGACCGGCACGGUGCUUUAUUAUGCGCAGUGGAAUAGUGGAUCUUUGGAGAAUGUUACCCGCAUCGCUGGUAAAGGACAAGAAGAAAGCAUUGUUCAGCCAAAGUGGAGUCCAGAUGGGCUAUUGUAUUUUGCGAGUGAUCGCACCGGCUUCUGGCAGCUUUACUCCUUUGAUGUGAAGAACCAGCAACAGACCGCGCUGCCAUUGAAGACAUUUGAGAAGGCCGAUUUCGGUGUUGAUGAAUGGGAACUUGGAAGCUCUACAUACAUUUUUCUUGAUGCGCAAACCAUAGUGGCAACGACUAUUACCCAUGCCACGGCAAAGCUGAUACUAAUUAACACAGCCACCUUAUCUGUUCAGGACCUUGAUCUGCCAUACGUGAACGUGUACGAAAUCCGUCGAGUAUCAUCAACUUCCUUCGUUGUGGUGGGCACUUCGACCACCUCUCCAGAGGAACUAGCAUUGAUUACUAUCACACCAACACUCAAAGCAGAAAGGACCAUUCUCACAUCAACGGCAACAUUCGAACUGCCUUCCGAAUAUGUCUCUGUCGCAAAAGAGCUCCAAGCCCCUCAAAAACACGGUCCAUUGACCGACGGCCACGUUCACAUGUUCUAUUUCCCGCCUUGCAACCCCGAAUUCAAGGCCGAUGGACUUCCUCCUCUAUUGGUGUAUGUCCACGGAGGUCCUAAUGGAUCUACAACCCCAGCCCUCGACUUGGAAAUCCAAUCUUGGACCACGCGCGGUUUCGCAGUGUGCGCCGUCAACUACACCGGCUCCACCGGUUUCGGACGAGAAUACCGAGAAAGACUCUCUGGAUACUGGGGUCUAGUCGAUGUCGCUGAUGCCGUCAGCGCGGUGGAAUACCUCGUGGGUGAGGGAUUAGUCGACAAAGCCCGCGUCGGAAUCUACGGUGGAAGUGCCGGUGGUUACUUGACACUGCGAGCACUGCAUAUGUACCCCGAUGUCUGGGCUGCAGGAAUCAGCUCUUAUGGAAUAAGCGAUGUGCGAGCUCUUCAAGCGGACUCGUACAAGUUUGAAAGUCAAGAUGUGGACCGGCUGCUGCUGAGCAAGACUGCGCCCCAAGAUAGAGAACUUGAGCUUACUAAACGCAGUCCGUGCAACUUUGCUGAUAAAAUUCAAGGGUCGUUGCUGCUCUUGCAAGGAACUAUUGAUAUGGUUGUUCCUGUUGCGCAGGCAAGAAUGAUGGCUGAUGCUAUGCGGGCUCAUGGACGGGUCGCGGAGGUUGUCGAAUUUGAGGGCGAGGGACAUGGAUGGGUUGGCCAGAAGGCUAUUUUGCAGUCGUUGACUCGAAAGGAAGAGUGGUGGAAGCGAUAUUUGACAACUACUGCCUAG